AAUUGUAAAUAAACUAGCAAUACCUAAUGUGUGAGUUGUCAAAAAGUUGGCAUUUAUUCCAUCUGUUUUAUUUAGCAAAUCUAUUUUCAUAUCCUCACACUGCGGCUAACUUAAGGUGAUUGCGACCUUUAAGAGGUGUUCGCUGUUCAGCAAUUUGAUGACAUAAUGGUGUAAUAGUUUGUUGCUGUUGUUGUCGAUUGUCACUUAACAUGGAUAGUAUACCAGACUCACCAGUCAAGAUGAGCCCCCUCGCGGAGCCCGAGGGCUUCCUGGAGAGCGAGACGGAUUAUUCGAGCAUCAGAGGAAAGAUGAUACUGGUUAGCCCGACAGCUGAUGAGUACGAGCUGCUACGUAAACAGUUGCUGGAGAGGCUGGAGUCAGGCAACGGAGAGAUCAUUUAUGAUAUCGGACAAGGAGAAGACGGGCGCGGUCUCACAGAGGACGAGUACAGCGCAUCAGUGGCUACGCUACAGUCGCUGGUGAGCGGAGAGCGCGUGUCAUGCGUGGAGCUGCGCCGAUGGGACUGCGGCAGCGGCCUCACCGGCCAGUACCUGCUGAGGACUGAGCUCGAUCAUACGGACUUUAUGGAGAUCAGGGUGGCAGUAGUAGGCAACGUGGACGCGGGCAAGUCCACCCUGCUAGGCGUGCUGACACACGGGGAGCUGGACAACGGGCGCGGGUACGCUCGCCAGCGCCUCUUCCGACACAAGCACGAGAUGGAGAGCGGCCGUACCAGCUCCGUCGGCAAUGAUAUACUGGGCUUCGAUAGUAUGGGUAACGUAGUAAACAAACCAGACCACGGAACACUGGACUGGGUGAAGAUCUGUGAGAAGUCGUCGAAGGUGAUCACGUUCAUAGACCUGGCGGGCCACGAGCGCUACCUCAAGACCACCGUGUUCGGCAUGACGGGGCAUGCGCCGGAUUUCGGCAUGCUUAUGAUCGGUGCAAACGCAGGUAUAGUAGGCAUGACGAAGGAGCACUUAGGUCUUGCUCUCGCCCUCUCAGUACCAGUCUUCGUGGUGGUCACAAAGAUCGACAUGUGUCCCCCGAAUGUUCUGCAAGACAACCUCAAGCUGCUCAUCAGGAUACUCAAGUCUUCCGGUUGCCGUAAGGUGCCUGUGAUGGUGAAGACGAAAGAUGACGUCAUUGUUAGUGCUACCAACUUCGUGUCACAGAGGCUAUGUCCAAUCUUCCAAGUAUCAAACGUGACAGGCGAGAACCUAGAGCUGCUGACGAUGUUCCUAAACCUGCUGAAGACGAGGAUGCCCUCGCAGGACGACAAGCCUGCCGAGUUCCAGAUCGAUGACACUUACUCAGUACCGGGUGUAGGCACAGUGGUGUCAGGCACGACCCUGGCGGGCGUGAUCCGCCUCAACGACACGCUACUGCUGGGCCCCGACCCGCUGGGCCGCUUCACGCCCAUCACCGUCAAGAGCAUACACAGGAAGCGCAUGCCCGUGCCUGAAGUGCGCGGAGGGCAGACUGCUAGCUUCGCGCUCAAGAAGAUAAAGCGGUCGCAGAUUCGUAAAGGCAUGGUGAUGGUGUCUCCGGCGCUGAACCCGCAGGCGUGCUGGCAGUUCGAGGGAGAGAUCCUCGUGCUGCACCAUCCCACCACCAUCUCCUCACGAUACCAGGCUAUGGUGCACUGCGGCAGCAUCCGCCAGACGGCGUCGAUCCUGUCGAUGUCCCGCGACUGCCUGCGCACGGGCGACAAGGCGCUCGUGCGCUUCCGCUUCAUCAAGCACCCCGAGUACCUCAAGCGCGGACAGAGAAUGGUGUUCCGCGAAGGGCGCACGAAGGCGGUGGGCAACGUGCUGCGGCCCGAGCCCGCCGCGCUCAAGCAGCCGCCCCGCGCCGGCACCGCCCGCCACGAGCGGCGCCAGCACCACGACAAGCCCGACGCGCUGCCCACGCAUGUCCAAGAGAGUGACGUGACAGCAGCAGACUCUCCGUUCGAAGUGCAGGCCGACAAGCGAGGCGCGGCCGCGGGAGGAGCAGCGGGCGGCGGCGGCGGGCGGCGGCCGCGCAAGCGCCACGACAAGCCGCCCGACGCGCCCGCCCUGGCCGCCGCCGCCAACUAGGCGCCGCUAUCAUUCGCCGCUCCGCCUAUCGCCUGUGGGCAACACGAGCUCUCAGGCUCCGCCACCACUCGGGCCGCCCGCUAGGGAACACCUUCAUUGUCAUUCUCCAUUCACGACGGUAGUGCCAGAUCGUAAAAUACUAAAUUACAAUGUUUGAACACUGAAAUUCUGAAGGUACUCCUGUAAAUAUUUUUCUUUAUAGCUUUAAGAAACUGUUUUUAAAUGUUUUAUCAGCUUCCCUGGCGCAGCUAUUUCGGUCCAAAAGCACUAAAUCAGAGUACAAGGUACUUAGGUGUCGUGUUUAUGCUGCAACAUUAGAUGUAACACUUUGCCGUACACUUCCGUACACAAUCUUGUGUGUUUACUACAUAGUACACACUUGACUACAAUUACAUAUUUUUUACUAUAUUGUACCUUUAUAAAUGGUCUCUAAUUGUAUCUUGUAAAUGUUUCUCUAACUAUUGUCAAGAUGUGAAAUAUAUUUUUCAUUGACAUUUUCAUUCAACAAUAUAUCUGCUUAUGUGACAUAGUACAACAGGAUGAACAUGCAAGUUUCUUAACUUUCUAUAUUUUAUGUUUAGGAAUGCCUAUUUUGUUGUUAAUUAAAAUUCAAAUUAUUUUAUGCUAAAUUCUUGAGGAGUUAUUUUGUUUUGGAUUUAUAAUCAUAUUUGAAUUUCCUAGAUUAUAUUGUUUACAAUUUGAAUGAUAUUUUCAUUGAGCAGUCUAGGUUUAGCAAACAGGAGCUCAGUGCAGUAGAGACGACUGGGCCACCGCCUACGAGCAGAGGGAUGAAUCUGUUGUACUUUAUACUUGGAACUAUUACAAAUAAUGCAAUAAUAUUAUAGGGUUAGUGAGGCUAGCUGCUCUACUUCAUAUCAUAAUUCAGUAUUUGAUUACUUCACAGUACCAUUAUUAUGUGAUUUUUGUAGUUUAAGUAAAUGAAUAUUUUUAUGGUUUGUUCAGAGUGAGUGAAAUAAAACUAGCUCGGAUUA